CUUCUACUGCAUUGUAGGCUAUAGGACCGCACGCUCUGUAAACACUUCCAGACAGUCGCUCACAAUAUUCCGACGAACAAUUUCAUACCUGUGCUGCACCAUGAAACCAGCAAAUUCAUAAUUCGAGAUGUUACAGAAGGCUUGAGACACUAUCAUGCUAAUCAAAGGACGGGCAAGCCCUAGGACAAGCUCGCGGGUAGAUGUCCCCCUGCAGAACUCAAGCCGACCAUGUCGAGCGCCCCCUCCAGAAGAAAUACUGUCCUUUGAAGAUGAAGUGGUCUUCGAAUGGUCAAAGAGCAUCGCUCCAGAAUUUACCGAGUCCAGGAAGGUGCGGAUUCGCGCCGAGGAACAACGUAAGACGACCGAAAGCCUCUUCCCAGGAUUGUUCGCCGAAGUCAUUGACGAUUCCUUGUCUCAACGGCCGACCUCCGGAUCAGUUUCAACGUUGGGUUCCCCUUUGGCAUUUUCAAGUCUGUACGAUCAAAGAGGGAGCGUUGAGGAUGUCAGCACGCGAAAUAAAUCCCGAUGUGAAUCGACGAAGCUCUAUUCUGGAGUGCGGACCUUCUUUCCUGACAGAUGCCACACUGCACCUUCAUCACAAACUGUCGGGGUAGACGAUGAGAAGGGUAUGAAUGUGACCCAAGUUAUCAAUAUGGCAACUAAGCAUGAAAUACAAACUCGAGAAAGAAGCAAAUCCAGUCGGUUAUACGGUGAAGGCACCAAGCGUCGGCCAGAUGCGUCUCAAUCUAAAUCAGCUCGUAAGGUCCGUAAACCAAACGAGGAGCGUUAUCUCACGAGGAGGUAUCGGGAGAGACCGUGUUCGAGAGCAGAGAGUUACGUGAAAGAAGACAUGUUAGAUUCAACCAGUGAUUUGUCUCGUGAGUGCUGUGACGUCCUGGGCCCACGCCAUUGUUAUGACUGCUCUAAGAUAACGCAGAGGAACACGUUUGUUAACCGUAGCACCUCUUCGUUUCCCAGCAUCCACAUGAACCCGAAGAACAUGUCAACGAUUACCUUGGUUCAGAGGCUCUUCCCAGAGUUGAGCCAGUUGGACAUUCUUGAAGGAGUGGCUGAUGGAUACAUCUCAUCUCGAUCCUUUUCACGCGAUAGACUCCUAGAACUCUGCGAACGCAAGAAGGCGGAUGCUCGGAAGAAAGAGCUGAGGGAGAAGUGGAAGGGCGUUGCCAAACGGAGAAUAAGUGCGUUUUCAAUUCCGGAUAAGGUGCACUUCUUCAGUAACUUCACCGAUCUCAGAGCCCAGAUCCUGAAACAACGCGGAGGCUACACAGUCAUGAAAGAUCUCGUGUCUCCCGUUAAUAGUCUUAACCUUAUACCACCUCCAACAGAAAUCGAACUCAUCAUCAGGAAAGAGGAGGACCGAGAAAACCCUGCGAAUUACUUUUGUCCACCGCUGAUGACCCGGGAAGAGAUCCAACGACAGAGGAGUCAACCGCGGUUUUAUGCAGGAGCGAAGCAGGAAUACAAACUCCCCGACGCUCCACCUCUGACAGACAUUCUCCAGAAAUCGAAUACAGCAAUACGAGAUUUUGAUCCCGAGUGUGUUGUCAAGCCUAAGUCCGAGAGAACAAAACCUGGCAGCCCGCGCAUUGACGCAUUGGGUGAUUCGACGAGAAAGGUUCCGAACGUUGGUACGUUUGGUGGCAGCGGUGGGAUUUUGGGGAAGCCACCGGGGAGAUCAAAACCACCGAGGAUCGGGCGGCCGGAGAUGGGCGGGGGACUUACGAGGAACUCUCUAGCAGCAUCAUCAUCAUUCACGAGACCGCUGCAGAUGGAGACGCUGACUGAAGAUGGGAGCCAGAGUGAGAGGGAGGAUUUGAAGGACGAAGAGGAGGAGGAUGAGGAGGAAGGUGGUAAAAAUGAGAUGGAGAACGGAGGAAACCCCGUAAGAGGUGUAAAGCGAUUGGCACUUAAUCAUCGGAUGAAGUCUCAUAACGACACAGGAUUAAAUAGCAGCAGAAUACGGGAAUUAGAGGAAGAAGAGGAGGAAGAAAGCAACGAUGAUGAUGGGUUGAAUGAAAUGCUGAUUGACGAGGCUGGCGAGGUGUUGGACGAUUCGGACGAUGAUGGCGAUCAAGAGGAAGAAGCCCUUGGGCAUAUUACGCAUGGAACGAGUAAACUGCAACUGAAUAGCAAACAUUGGUUGACCAAGGAGACGGGGCAGCAUGCUUCACCUGAAGCAGAAAACGUUUACCAGGCAACAGAGGAGAAUAUUGUUGAAGAGCUCGUCGAAGAGGAAGAUGAAGACAACUUCACAGUAGGCUCAAGUGAUGGUUUCUUGCAGUCAGAUGAUGAGCUCGAAAACGAGCUAUAUUUGAAGUUAUGAUUGAAUCAUUUCAACUUUACAUUACGAUACAUUAUGGUUUUUCUUUUUGGCUUUGGCUUUAGUUUUCGUGUUCCAUAUUCCACUUAUUUAAUAAAUGAUACUUUCAAGCAUACCCUACAGAUUUCAGGUUAAAAGCACACAUCUUGUUGUGGACAUGAUGAAAUCACGGUUUCUUUUUCUUGCCAAAAGUGCUCAGAUAGUUUAUAACGACUAAACUUUUAUUAGAUUAUUGCUUAUUUUCAGAGUAAUA